AAUGUAUUAGGUUAUGUGAGUAUCCGACUAUUUUUCAUAAAGCGUAUCACAGCGUCCUAUCGCCUAUCACGGUUUAAAAGAUACGUAUGUUAGUGUAUUUCUAUUUUCUUUAACUGUGAACUGUAUGUUUAUUUAAAACCACGAGACACAGGAACCUACACACUCCGACUCAUAUAUUAGCCAAGGGACAAAGCGAAAGGCCGAACACCAGCUUUGGCAACUACUAGCACCUGCCAGCUUCCAGCUUUUAUAAAAUACCUACUUCUUAGUUUGUGACUUGUUUAUUGUUAUGACUUAAAAGCUGCGGGAUUAAACCAUGAUCGUAACAACAACCGAUCGUGUUCGCCUUUAGAUGUCUAUUUAUUAAGCAAUAUGCUUUUACCAAACACUGAACAGAUUACAUUUAUUCUAAAUAUUCUUUGUUGAAAAUCGCAUUAUCGAAAAUGAUACGGUUAAACGUUCCUCUGGUACCCGACGAAAACGUUCUCAACAAUUUGUUUGGGAAAAACAUUUGUACGGUAAACGACUUUCUUCAAAAGAAAACUUCGAAUUUGCAAAGUGUAUGCAAUUUACAAUGCAAGGAAAUAACAAAAUUAAAAGACUGUAUGACAGUUAAGUGUUCAUCACCACUUAUUAAUGGAUACAAAUUGUAUCUAAGUAAAACAUUAUCAACAUUCAUUAAAACUGGAAUUUUAAAAUUGGAUAACCUACUUGAUGGGGGAUUAUUUGUUGGUAACAUUUAUGAAUUUUGUGGCCCAUCUGCUUCUGGAAAAACACAACUAUGUAUUAGUAUUCUGUUAAAUAUUAUAAUAACUACAAAAAAGGAAAUAGUUUAUAUAGAUACCAAAAACAAGUUUUCAGUGUACAGAAUUAAAGAGAUAUUGAAAAAUAAAAAUAUGACAAAUAAUGAAAUCAAGGAUAUUUUGAAGAAAAUUCAUGUGUACUCAGUUAUCGACAUUUACAAUUUAAUAACUUGCUUACAUGGUCUUAAAGAAAAAUUGGAACCCAUAAUAAUCAUAGACUCUUUACCUGCCCCAUACCUAUCGUUCUUAGGAUUUUAUAAGAAUGAUGGUUUAUGCUAUAUAAAUCAUAUAAGUUCAGUUUUAAAAUAUUUAUGCAAUAAAAAUUCAUCCAUUUUGGUGACAAACUUAGCUGUCAAAAAUUGUGAUUUUGCUAACGAAUUCAAGCCUGCUAUUGGAAAAUAUUGGUUUCACAUACCCAACACAAGAUUAAUGAUCACUACAACAAUAAAUCAACAACAACAACAACAACAACAGAUGUCUAUAAAUAUUGCAAAAAGUGUAUAUAUACCUAUAGACGAAAAAUGUAUACUAAGUAUUAAUGAUUAUGGAGUUUCAUAAAUACUCUUCAAUAAGUUUAUUAAGAUUUUAAGGAUACAAAUUGUUAAAGCAUGAAAUUAUAAAUUAUGUCAGCAUUUUAA